CAGAUUUUAAACAUUUAUUUUAAAAGUAAAUACACCAUAACAGCGUAAAUUAAAAUAUUUAAACAGUAGUAGUUCCACCAAAGGCCACUUCAUCACCAAUUUCAGCAUCAUCCAUGUAGAAAUCGGACACGUCAAAUUUAGGCAAAAUUGGAUUGAUAUCAUCAGCAUAAUUAGCCUCCACAUUUUUUCCUUUUCCUUUUGUGGAAGCUUGGUAUAAUUUUACCAAGUGUUUUGCCGUUCGACAUUCAUUCGCCCAAUGUCCUUUUAUGCCACAUUUGUAGCAUUCACCACUUGGUUUUGGCUUUUCAUGAGUUUUAACCUGUGGUGAUUUGAAUUUUCCUUUUCCCUUGGAGGAUGAUUCAUUUGAAUGUUUAUAUCCCCUAUUUGGCCCUUUGUUGCGGUUAUUUCCGCAUCCACAUGAAGAUGUAUUAUUCUCAGCAAUUGUAUUUUCGAGGCCAUUAGCUUUAAGGUGAGCAAGUGCAUCAACCCUCCAUUCCAGGUACCUUUGACCGGAUAAAUCAAGAAUGUCGAAUUCUCUUUUGGUGAUGUUGGCCAUGGAAUAACUACAACAUGAUAAAUUAAAAAAAAAAAAUUUAUAACUAAUGUUGUACGUAUGAAAAUUUAAUUGAACCAAGAAAUUGUUCCUUUUUUUUUAAAAAAAAAUAAUACAUAAUUUUAAAAAAAUGCAAUGUUUGAAAUCCAGAGUAAAUACGGAGUAGAUGAUUCCUUUAUUAAAUCAAUCAAGUAAAAGAGACAAGCAUAUUAAUCAAAAUAAAAGGUGUUGUACACUUGUACGUCUACUAUGUCAGCAAAAAAAAAUGUUUUUUUUUAAAUCUCUCCUCACCACAAAUUUAAAUUUGAUUCCUUUUUGAGAACUAAUGAAUAGAAGAAUAUAAAACACAAGAAGUUAAAAGUUGUCUGCUUCACCACAUACGGAGUACUAUAUUAAUAUUUUCUCCCACAGUGACAUCCUUUACUUUGUAUAUGAUUCCUUAUACCUUUAUUCAUGCUAUAUCAUACCAUAUUUUCAUCUUCAUUCUUAAACCCAAAUUUGAAAAAAAAAAUCUUAUAACGAGAGAAAAGGAUAAAAAAAUAAUAUUAUAAAGUGAGAUUAUCUAUUUCAAUCAAAGAUGUGUACAAGAAGAAUUCAAGAGUAGCAGGAAGGUAAGUUCAUCAUAUCUUGAUUUUAAUGAUGAUUUUUUUUCUUUCAAGAACAGUCUUUAUUUUAAAAAAUAAUUUUUUUAAUCUUAAAUAAUUCGUAUUAAAUCAACUCUUUGUUUUUAGUUUAUAAAAAAAAUGAUUUUUUAUUAUUAUUAUGAGGAAACUUCUUCCUUUUAAUUAUCUAAUUUUAAUUUUAUAACUAUAAGUUUCUGAUGUGAAGGAUCCCAACUUUGGGCAAUCACAGAGCAUACUUCUCAUAGUUUUUAAGAAAAAUAUUUUAAUUUGUUCAUGAAGAAAAUAAAAUAAAUAUACCUUCUGAGAAGAACAAGGAUUCUGGGAUUUUGAGCAAAUUCGUGCUGAUAACGUGUUAUAAAAUGAGAGAAAAAAUACUCAGAGAUAUGAGAAUAAAUAUGAUAUAUUUCUGAUUUCUUCUCUCUAUUAACUCUUCACUCUUCUUCUUAUUCUUAAUGGUAAUUACAAUGCAGGGAUUAAGCCUCUAUUUAUAGUAGAGAGGCUUGGUAUGAAUACAAAUACAAGUGGGAAGUACUGUACAUAAUUAGUAUUAGUGUCUUAAUCUACUAUUCUAAAAAGUAAGCCUGAUUAAUUGAAUAAAUGAACAAUCAUUAAUUUCAUAACAAAAACAAUAAUGUUCAACAUAAGAAUCCGGCUAGGCAUAUCCGAUCGAAAUUUAAUACUACAGUCAACUUUCAAUUUAAUCCUACUAAAAUGGCUUUUAAAAUUCAAAUGCACUAAAUAAAAAUUCAAAAGGAGGGACCCAAAGUCAGAGAGAGGUUGGUGGCAAAGUUGACUUUGAUGGCAAAGUUGGCUUUAAUUUCCCAAUAUAAGCAAGCACCUAACCAAAUCCACUAGUAGAGAGAAUUAAAAAAAACUCUUGAUUAUAUUAAGAAGACUCUUAAUUAGCUGCUUGCUUAGCCAUGGCGUCGGAGAAAGUGAAGCUACUAGGCUCAUGGGUGAGCCCAUUCGUGAUCCGGGCUCGGGUUGCCCUAAACAUUAAGUCCGUGCCCUACGACUUCCUCGAGGAGAAGUUCGGGUCGAAGAGCGACCUUCUCCUCAAGUACAAUCCCGUUUACAAGAAAAUGCCAGUCCUCAUUCACAAUGACAAAUCCGUCUGCGAGUCCCUCAUCAUCGUCCAGUACCUCGACGAUGUCUGGGCGUCUUCUGGAUGGUCGAUCUUGCCCGUCGAUCCCUAUGAUCGGGCUGAAGCCCGCUUCUGGGCUACUUAUGUUGACGAUAAGUUGUACCCGAAUCUGCGUGACAUAACAUUCACUCAAGGCGAGGAAGCGAAGAGUGAUGCAAUCAAGCAGUUGGAAGAAGCGUUGACAUUGUUGGAAGGCGCAUUCCAUGGAUGCAGCAAAGGCAAGAAAUUCUUCGGCGGGGACAAAGUCGGGUUCCUAGACAUUGCACUUGGGAGUUACAUUGCUUGGGUCAUGGUGACUGAGGAGUUCAACUCCGUCAAGCUACUUGAUGAAGCCAAGGUACCCGGCUUGGCAAAAUGGGCAAAAGACUUCUGCGAAGAUGAUGUCGCGAAAGAGAUCGUGUCUUCCACCGAGAAGCUCUCGGAGUUUAUGAAAAUGAUCUCGGCCAACAUGAAGAAAUGAUGGGGAAGCUUAAGGGUCAAUAAUGGCUAUCUACCUUGAGAUAGUUUGUUCAUUUUGUGAGUUUUGAGCUUUUGGUAAUAAUGUGUCUUGAGUUUUACUGUUUUGUUGUUUUGGUUCUGCUAAACCUAUUCUUUGUUGAAUUGGUUACAACCACAGAGAACUAUAUUCCUUCUAAACUUAUGUUUUAGUGUCAUUUGAAAUAUGUGCUUUGUAUUUACUAAGAAUGGAUAAUUUUCCUUUUAAUCUUUCCUUCCACGCGUCAACUCCAGAGACCAUCCGUUCGGCCAUUUUCCUUCACGGAAAAUUCCUAGGUUUCCUUUCUGCAAUUCGGCGAAGAAGGAAGGAACACCUGAACUUCCAGAUUUCAUACAACUAUUCAGGAUUCGCGGAGAUUAAAAUAGAAACUUCCUU